AGGAGGAGGAGGCCGAGGCUGUGGCGGCGAAGGUGGAGACUGCCGAGUGGUGGCAGCAGCGGCGCCCUCAGCAGCAUCCCUGCCUCCUCCGUUGCCCGCUGCUGCUCGCUGCUGCAUCCCGCGCAGAGCCCAGCCGCAGAGGCCGGCAGCAUCCUCGCUUCCAAGGCCAGUUGUGAGUCUGAAAGCCCGGAGCCAUGACGACUCACGUAACGCUGGAGGAUGCUCUCUCCAAUGUGGACCUGCUGGAGGAGCUGCCAUUACCUGAUCAGCAGCCAUGCAUCGAGCCACCUCCAUCGUCUAUCAUGUACCAGGCCAACUUUGACACCAAUUUUGAAGACAGAAAUGCCUUUGUAACUGGCAUUGCCAGGUAUAUUGAACAAGCUACAGUACACUCAAGCAUGAAUGAAAUGCUGGAGGAAGGACAUGAAUAUGCAGUGAUGCUUUAUACCUGGAGAAGCUGUUCCAGGGCCAUUCCCCAGGUAAAGUGCAACGAACAGCCAAAUCGGGUUGAGAUUUAUGAAAAGACUGUGGAAGUCUUGGAGCCAGAAGUUACAAAGCUCAUGAAGUUCAUGUAUUUUCAGAGAAAGGCCAUUGAGCGAUUCUGCGGCGAGGUAAAACGUUUGUGUCAUGCAGAGAGAAGGAAAGACUUUGUUUCUGAAGCGUAUCUACUGACACUGGGAAAGUUUAUCAACAUGUUUGCUGUCCUGGAUGAAUUGAAAAAUAUGAAGUGCAGUGUCAAAAACGACCACUCUGCCUACAAAAGAGCAGCCCAGUUUUUGAGGAAAAUGGCUGAUCCCCAGUCUAUUCAGGAAUCGCAGAACCUUUCCAUGUUCCUAGCAAAUCAUAACAGGAUCACACAGUGCCUGCAUCAGCAGCUAGAAGUCAUUCCAGGUUACGAGGAGUUGUUGGCUGAUAUUGUGAACAUCUGUGUGGAUUACUACGAAAACAAGAUGUACUUGACACCCAGUGAGAAGCAUAUGCUCCUAAAGGUGAUGGGCUUUGGUCUCUAUCUCAUGGACGGAAAUGUCAGUAACAUUUACAAGCUAGAUGCCAAGAAGAGAAUCAACCUCAGUAAAAUUGACAAGUUUUUCAAGCAGCUGCAGGUGGUUCCUUUAUUCGGCGAUAUGCAGAUAGAGCUGGCCAGAUACAUUAAGACCAGUGCUCACUAUGAGGAGAACAAAUCCAAGUGGACAUGCACUCAGAGCAGCAUCAGUCCCCAGUACAAUAUCUGCGAGCAGAUGGUUCAGAUCCGAGAUGACCAUAUCCGCUUCAUCUCCGAACUUGCUCGCUACAGCAACAGUGAGGUUGUGACUGGCUCAGGAUUGGACAGCCAGAAGUCAGAUGAGGAAUACAGGGAGCUAUUUGACUUGGCUUUACGGGGACUUCAGCUUCUGUCCAAGUGGAGUGCACAUGUUAUGGAAGUGUAUUCUUGGAAGCUGGUCCAUCCUACUGAUAAGUUUUGUAACAAAGAUUGCCCAGGUACCGCUGAGGAGUACGAAAGAGCCACACGGUACAAUUACACCAGUGAGGAGAAGUUUGCGUUUGUGGAGGUGAUUGCUAUGAUAAAAGGUCUGCAGGUGCUCAUGGGCCGCAUGGAGAGUGUUUUCAACCAAGCCAUCAGGAACACAAUCUAUGCAGCUCUGCAGGAUUUUGCUCAGGUGACACUGAGAGAGCCACUAAGACAAGCUGUCAGGAAGAAGAAGAAUGUCCUAAUCAGUGUCCUCCAGGCAAUUAGAAAGACAAUCUGUGAUUGGGAAGCAGGGCGUGAGCCUCCCAAUGACCCCUGCCUGAGAGGCGAGAAGGACCCCAAAGGCGGUUUCGAUAUCAAGGUCCCACGCCGAGCUGUAGGUCCUUCUAGCACACAGCUUUAUAUGGUGAGAACCAUGCUGGAAUCGCUUAUUGCAGACAAAAGUGGCUCAAAGAAGACUCUCAGGAGCAGCCUGGAUGGACCAAUAGUUCUGGCCAUUGAAGAGUUCCACAAACAGUCCUUCUUCUUCACUCAUCUUCUCAACAUUAGUGAGGCCCUCCAACAGUGCUGUGACCUAUCCCAGCUUUGGUUCCGGGAAUUUUUUCUGGAGUUGACCAUGGGCCGCCGGAUUCAGUUCCCUAUUGAGAUGUCUAUGCCAUGGAUUCUAACAGAUCACAUCCUGGAAACCAAAGAACCUUCUAUGAUGGAGUAUGUGCUGUAUCCAUUGGACCUCUACAACGACAGCGCUUAUUAUGCUUUGACCAAGUUUAAAAAGCAGUUUCUCUAUGAUGAAAUUGAAGCAGAAGUCAACUUGUGUUUUGAUCAAUUUGUUUACAAAUUGGCAGACCAGAUCUUUGCUUACUAUAAAGCAAUGGCUGGCAGUGUAUUAUUGGAUAAACGAUUCCGGGCUGAAUGUAAGAAUUAUGGAGUGAUUAUCCCUUACCCGCCAUCCAACCGCUAUGAAACGUUGCUCAAACAAAGACAUGUCCAGCUGCUGGGCCGAUCCAUCGACCUAAAUAGACUCAUCACUCAGCGUAUCUCAGCCGCAAUGUACAAAUCACUAGACCAGGCCAUUAGCCGCUUUGAAAGUGAGGAUCUGACAUCCAUUGUGGAGCUUGAGUGGCUUUUGGAGAUAAACCGUCUGACGCACAGACUGCUGUGCAAGCACAUGACCCUGGACAGUUUUGAUGCCAUGUUCCGAGAGGCCAAUCACAACGUCUCGGCUCCUUAUGGUCGCAUCACCCUGCAUGUCUUCUGGGAGCUGAACUUUGACUUUUUACCUAAUUACUGCUACAAUGGGUCUACUAACAGAUUUGUACGGACAGCAAUUCCAUUUACCCAAGAACCCCAGAGAGAUAAACCAGCCAACGUCCAGCCGUACUAUCUUUAUGGAUCUAAGCCACUCAACAUCGCCUACAGCCACAUCUAUAGCUCCUACCGGAACUUUGUGGGACCUCCUCAUUUCAAGACAAUCUGCCGGCUCCUUGGAUACCAAGGGAUUGCUGUGGUGAUGGAAGAAUUGCUGAAGAUCGUAAAGAGCCUGUUGCAAGGGACCAUCCUUCAGUAUGUGAAAACCUUGAUAGAGGUGAUGCCAAAGAUCUGCCGCCUGCCAAGGCAUGAGUAUGGAUCUCCAGGAAUCCUGGAGUUUUUCCACCACCAGCUGAAGGACAUAAUUGAGUAUGCAGAGCUCAAGACUGAUGUGUUCCAGAGUCUGAGAGAAGUGGGUAAUGCCAUUCUUUUCUGCCUUCUCAUAGAGCAGGCCUUGUCCCAGGAAGAAGUGUGUGAUUUGCUGCAUGCUGCUCCCUUCCAAAAUAUUUUGCCCAGGGUCUACAUCAAAGAAGGAGAACGCUUGGAGGUACGCAUGAAGCGUCUCGAAGCCAAAUAUGCCCCACUUCACCUGGUUCCCUUAAUAGAGAGGCUGGGAACACCGCAGCAAAUAGCCAUAGCCCGUGAAGGAGACUUGCUGACCAAGGAGAGGUUGUGCUGCGGCCUGUCCAUGUUUGAGGUUAUCCUGACUCGCAUUCGGAGCUACCUCCAGGACCCCAUCUGGCGCGGGCCUCCCCCUACCAAUGGCGUCAUGCAUGUUGACGAGUGCGUUGAGUUCCACCGGCUCUGGAGUGCCAUGCAGUUUGUGUACUGCAUUCCUGUGGGGACAAAUGAAUUCACUGCUGAGCAAUGUUUUGGAGAUGGGCUGAACUGGGCUGGCUGCUCAGUCAUAGUCCUCCUGGGACAGCAGCGUCGCUUUGAUCUCUUUGACUUCUGUUACCACCUGUUAAAGGUGCAGAGGCAGGACGGGAAAGACGAAAUCAUAAAGAAUGUGCCUCUUAAAAAAAUGGCUGACCGGAUCAGGAAGUACCAGAUUCUGAACAAUGAGAUUUUUGCCAUCCUGAACAAGUACAUGAAGUCAGUGGAAACAGACAGUUCUACAGUCGAGCAUGUGCGCUGCUUCCAGCCCCCCAUCCACCAGUCCUUGGCCACCACCUGUUAAAUAGUCCGUGCUGGAAAUGAAAUGUGAGCAUUCGUGUCUCUACAUCUGAAGUCAGUGAGGAAGGAGCAACUGGAUCUCAGAGGCCUGGAAGGGAAAACCCUGAGAACACAGAUCUGUCAACAGUGCAGACUUGGAUGGACCCAGUAUACAAAGCAGCAUUUUCCUAGAAGGCCUGUUUUGAAUGCAUGUUCUUCUAUAGUGUCUUUCUGGUUGGUUUUACCCAUAGCUUUGAAAAUGUGGUGAGAUGGAGCAAAAUGUGGUUUUUUUCUCCUGUGGUAUUGUCAGCUUUUGUGAUGACCAAGAAAAACCCAAUCAAGCACAAAACUGUAUGGCCCUUAAAAGAGUUGUUGUUGUUUUUUUUGGGGGGGGGGGGAGGUUUACAGUUGAAGCAGUCAUCACUUCAGUGUGUUGCAAGUCUUCCGCUUGAUGCACCAUGAGACUGAAAAGCCUUCCUGCUUGAUGGGAAACAACAGCUUAAAUGUUUAAAACAUUCAGAAAUGCUAAGUUGUUCCUGCAAGAGAUGAUAAAGAGCUGUGUGAUUUACGCAAGCAAAAAAAAAAUCAGGUUCUUUUAGAGAUGGAAUAUUGACUAUCAUUCUCCACCUAGAAUUAGAGGAUUUUUUGUCAUUGCCUUGUUGUCCUCUGCCCUUCAAGAGUUGUUUCGGGUGCAAUCUUCUGCAAAAUUACCUGGAAACAAGCCACAUGUAUAGGACAGUGCUAUUAACCUUUCUAAGUUUCAUGAUGCGUCUUUACUUAAGCAGUGGAGCAUUGACAAAAGAGUCUUCUCAUAUUUUGAAUUGAUUAUCACUGCUAUGGUGGCCCUGCAUAAUACCUUCCCCUUGACCAGGUACUGUUGGCAGUACUGUAGUUUUACCUGAGCGUCUAGGAUUUUACACAGCCAGGAGAAGAGGCACUGAUUGUCAUGACUCAAGACUCUUGAUAAAGUUGCCAGGUCAAGGAACUAGUAAGUUCUUUUAGAAAUGCAAUUGGUGCAUUCUUUGGGAUAUGGCCAGUAGAAUAAUGAGAACAAUACACCUCCCUAUUCUGGGGAAAUAUAUGACAUUUGGUAAUCGGUUCAGAAUUAGGUAUACAAACUUUGGAAACAAUGCUAAAAAAUAGAUUUAGCAUGACUUCAGGGAGUUUAGAAACAAACAAAAGGCAGCAGCUUAUAUAUUGUUAGUAUGUAUGAUUCCAAAGGCAUGCAGAUUUUCAACAAAAGUUUAAAAUCACCUUGUCAUAACCCUGUAGAACAAAGAAGUGAACACAGGAAUAUCUGUGUGAACAAUUCACAGAAUUGGAGAUCCAGGCGGGACUCAAAGGUCAUGCUUCUGCAGCUCCCUACACCAAAGUAGACCUCCUGUCACCAGUGUACCCUACAGCUCAGAUGAGAGUGUUCUACCCGUAGGAGGUAGAAACAAGAAAGAGAUGUAUAUGGGAGGAGAAAGCUUGGAGAGAAAAUACCAGAGACAAUGCAAAGAAACCAUGCAACAAUGCUAAAGAGAACUCUCUCCAAACUAAUGAAAAGUUUAGAACAAGUCUGCUGAGACAGGUACCAAAGUUUAGACCUGUAUAAUAUUGUGAAAUGAAAAUAAAGUUCUUUAAGAUAUUGAGAGAAGAAUUAGUUUCUGCUAGGAUACCAUAAGGCACUUGAGUUAUUUACCAUGCAAGUUUCCUGUCCCCCCAGUUGCCUACCAUGACUAUUGAAGGGUUUCAGAACUGCAACCCUUUAAUAUUUAGGUAGUUUAGAUAGAAUUUCCUACAAGGAAAAGGCAGCAUUUUUAUCUCCCUUCUGAUUUGCUCUACAGAUUUCAGAAUGGAGCAUUAAGGAAGCAUUUAAAAUGCAAUCUAUUAGACAAAGGGCACACAAUGCACCAGAAAGUUCUCCUAUACAAGCCACAAAACAAUGAAAGGGACAAGUGUAGGAGCAUAACCAUGUUCCCUUCACUGGGGCUUGCUCAGGAAAACAUCCUGGUAGAUUGUUAAAGUAAUGUAUAUUUCGGUGUGUUACCCUAAUUUUUACCUGUCAGGCUCUAUCACUGUCAGGGCAGAUGUCAGAACAUCCAGCAUUUAUCCCAGACUCCAGACAUUCAGUUCUUUAGUCUAACUUUUGCCAGCCAAGAUAAAUCUCCACUUAAAAAAAAAAGUGUCUUUUUUAUUAAAAAAAAAAAUCAGGUGUUUUAAGUCUGUGUUUUUCCUCCUUUGUCUCAUCAUAAAGCUGAUACUUAAUUGCUGGUGUUUGGUUCAUUGUCACAGCAUGAUGACAAAUGUUACGAAGCCAGAGACUCGGCAUUUUUUUCCCCUUGAGGGCACAUGAAGUAGAACCCUCUUAAUUGGCUGUGUCAGGCACAGGAAGAACAUUCUGUUUCAAGGGACAGCAACGACAUAGAAUUAUUACCAUGAGGUAUAUUUCCUUUGGCAAAUACCUUUAUUUCCUUAAAGGCUCUCAUAAGUUUCCAAAGUAACCAAUAAAUAUCCCUUCUCAGAAUCUGGGGAGCAUGUUUGCAGCAUUUCAAACUGCAAGAUACAUCUUGCAAUGUGGAAUUAAGGCGGUGCUCAGAAAAGUCACCCGAAGACUCUUAACUCAGGCAGAAAUAAACAAAGGGACUUAGAAGUCCAAAGGGGAAGAAUUAAAUUCCAGCAAAUCCCAUCUUAAAUAUCUAAUGCAACAAUUAAAGUGCUUCAGGGUUUUUGGGAGGAGCACAUAUUGUCAGUUUAGCUGAAUAUCAUUCUCAUCAUGUACCUUAGAAACCCUCAGCCUCAGAUUUGCAAAACUGAACCAAACUAUGUAAAUACCCCAGUUAGAAUUUGAACGUAUCUAAUGAAAUAGACAAAUAGGAUGCCGUUCAUUCUUAUUUUUGUUCACACAGCCUUUUCAAAAUAAAAUUCAAUCUUUUUGUGGUGGUUACUUACCAGAGCAUGAUACCACAGGGGUAAACUCUCAGUCCACUUGAGAAAGUCAUUACAAUCCAGAACAAAUGCCAUUCUGAGGACUAUUCUGUAGUAUCAGCUGCAAUAUGUUAUAUUUAACAGCCCAUGUCCAAUAGAAGAGUCAACGAGAUGAUCAUAAUUCCAAUAAUCGUUUCCAAUUCUAUGAAAUGGAAUUUUUGAGCAAUGCUCUCACAUUACAUUUUAACCCUGUUACUUACACAUGGGUUGUGGGUUACUCUCUAUUGAGAUCAAUGUUAUUUCUAGGGAAAUCCUAAAUGCUUUAAGUAUACAAGUGAGAAGGAAGACAGGGUUGACUUCUGAGUCUUUGAAUAUGGGGAAAACUCAGGGUAAGUUUGGAAUAUUUCCUAGAGUUUUUAAAGUAUCUGUCUAACAUGGUUUCCUUUCUCCCAGGAUGUUUUUUCCCUGAGAUUUCCAUCCUCUGAAUUCCCCGCAAUGAAUCCCAGUGGCCUUCAUAGGAUACUCUUUAUGGGAUAGUUCUGGUCCUCCUACUUGCAGACUAAAUAACGAAGUUGUUAUCAAAGAAUGAGCUGAGUGAACCAGAUGUUCCUCCAUGCUAAAAAAGAAAUGUAACAGCUAAGUCUGUCCCCAACUGUUUGUGAAGAUACACUGUCCCACAGGAACACUUUAUGCCACAAGAAACAAAUAAAUGUAAUAAUUAAGAAUACCUACAAGAAUGUUCCCCGGAAGAUGCUGUGGAUGCAUCUCUUCUGUGAUCCACUGUUCUGUCCUAGCCUUCCCAUCAGCAUUUACUGUAAGAGGAUAAUUCUUACAUAAAGUGCCAUUACUUGUCUUCCAAGUCCAAGGGCAGACAGUUCUUACUCCAGACACAUAGCUUAUGGGGGAGUAAGCAUGAAAUGCACCUCCAUCUUAUUUUAAAAGAAAAAGGUGUUUCUCACCUAUCAGAAUUACAAACCCUGGAUCAGUGAUCCUUACCUUUUCCCCUGUGGGUGGAAAAGCAUACUGGAGAGGCUCAAUGGCUUGGACCCAAACUCAUCUUGUGCCAAUGGAAUGCAAGAAAACCUGGAAUUCUGCUGAUUUUUCAGCCUUGGGUGGGCUAUGCCAUGUCCAACCUUUUUGUGUGUGUGUAUGUGGUGGAAAGCAGCCAGGCCAGGAAAGCCCCAUUGCAUGAGCAGAAUUCUGCUUGUACUUCUGCAGCCCAUAAUAUUUUUGAAUAGGCCAGUGGCUAGGCACUGAGAAAGGGCUAGGCAAAGGAUGGGGAAUGAUCUGGGCCUCCCCCCAUGCCCACCUGUCAUUCCCCUGGCAUCAUAUGACAUCAGGUGAUUCAAGCUUCAAAGGAAGAAACAGAAGUGCUCUAUCUUCCCAAUUAUUCCUUUGCAUGCACAGCUUACAAUUCAAGCCAUAGCUGCAAAGGUUCCUGCAGAAAGCGAGGCUUGAAUUGUAAGCAAUGGAUUUAAAUUCAUGGCUGACUGCAGGCCUGGCUUUCCACAGGAGAGCCCCUCUGAUCAGGAGCUUCUGAAUACAACCAAUCCCAAUGGGGCUUGUGUUUGGUGCCAGAUUUAAAAGGCACAGCUUGCAAGCCAGCCUUGUCGUAAAAUAGCUGGGAGUCUCCUUUAAGGCUUCUGAUCAUUCCUUUGAAGACAUGGCCCUACACAACCUUGAGGGUGUCUGGGUGGACACGUCUGGGGAGGGUAUGGCCUUGUGAGCAAAAUUAGAACCUCUAGAAGACCAAAUUUGGCACACAGACCAUAUGUCCCUUGGUUAGGCUGCCCUAACCCCAUCCUCACCACUGUCUCAAGUCUUGAUUGCCGCUUCCAAGGCUGUUUUUCAGUAAAAAUAAAAUAAAAACAUGUUUAGGGGUCGGGAAAGAAACAUGCAAUGGUGUGCAACAUGUCAUUUGGCUUUUUAAGUGUUUCUGGUGGGAACCAGGAAACCACAAAGGUACGUAUCACAAGAUAGGGCCUGACAAAAGGAUAAACCAAGUCUUGAGGAUGUAGACUCCAGACUACUUCAGCAAUGAUGAUGAACAGCUGUGGCCCUUUCAGGCUUUAAACAGUCUAUCAGGUUGAUUUUUUGUGACUUGACGUUAAAGAACAAACUCUCUGCACUUCAACCAUGUUCCCUUUACCAACAGAAUUUGUCAGAAGUGUCAGUGGUCAUAUUAAUUCCUAUUCUCUUCUGUAUUAUUCUGGUUUUAAUUGAUAUUUGUCUAUUUGAGAACAUGAGCAAGGUGCUGUUUUUAAGAACAGAUGUUUUUAAAAAAGGACUUUGCAUAAUUCUUUCAAAUGUAUCAUAUUUGUAUGGAGACUUGUCCAGGACUUUUUUGUACAACGAAUUUACAUUUAUUUAUGGUGCGGUAUAUUCACAGUAGUGAUCAACUAUGGUGUUUGAAUUCUUGAAUCAUAUUUGCUAUGCAGCGGGAAAUGAUAUAUCUUGUUUUGUAUUUUUGUUCCUUCAUCAUUGGUCAACGGAAGUUUUCCAUUUCCAUUCAAAAUGCUUCUGUAUCGAUAAGGCACCCUGUGUGUGGUGACAUGAUGACCUGUAUUGCAACUUCCAACAAUAUGUACAGCAAAGAUAGGAUGAAUCCUGUUAACAAGGGAAAAAAUAAAAAUUGAGUCAUAAAUGGUUUGAA